AUGUUAAUCACAUUACUUCUUGUCGUAUUCUCGACAGUAUGUUCAGCGGAUAUAUUCACGGCAAUUGCUGAUAUGCAAAAUCUAUUGGGUGCUGAGAAGGAGGUUACCACAAUCAUCUCUGCGUAUAUCGAUUCAGAAUUUGAACGCUUGAAGCAACUUAAAGAUAUGGCAAGUGAAUACACAAGGCGGAACACUGAAGCGGUUUCGUCGGGAAGCAGCUAUGUGACCAAUCCGGUGAACGCUUAUUUACUUAUAAAACGACUCACAUCAGACUGGCAAUAUUUGGAAGAUAUGAUGACACAAAAUUCAGCCGAACAAUUCAUUAAGAAUAUCACUGAGAAACGAAAAACUUUUGGUGAGGUGAGGUAUCCUCAAAGAGAAGAUUUGACUGGGGCUGCAAUCGCGUUACUUCGACUUCAAGAUACUUAUAAACUGGACACUCAUGAUAUAGCGUCUGGAAAUAUUCGAGGCAAAUACAUUGGACAACAGCUCACCAGCCAUGACUGUUUUGAGGUGGGUCGUUCAGCGUACCAGCAAUUCGACUAUUAUCAUACGAUAUUGUGGAUGCAAGAAGCAUUACUCAGAGUUGAGAAUGAAGAUCCACAGACGGCNAGAACAUCAGCGCAGAAAUAUAAUGUGAAGUGGUACGAGGAUAUGCUUGAUGAAAAAGACAGAAUUACUUCGGAAUUACCGCCACUCAGAUUAGAGAGAUUUGACGAUGGAACGCCCGAGCGUGAUUCAUAUGAGUCAUUAUGUCGAGGAGAAGUUCAGGUGAACGAAACGGAACAGUCGAUCGUAUAUUGCUACCUCAAAAUGGAUCGGCCAUUUUUGAAACUGGCGCCGAUCAAAAUUGAGAUUUUACGUUUCGAGCCGUUGGUUGUUCUGUACAGAGGAAUUAUAUCCGAUUACGAGAUCAGUGUUGUUGAGCAACUCGCAGUUCCCAAGUUGAAUCGAGCAACUGUGCAAAAUUCAAAAACAGGUGAUCUGGAAUAUGCACCAUAUCGUAUCAGUAAAAGUGCUUGGUUGAAAGGAAACGAACAUCCUGUAAUUGAACGACUCAGUCGUCGCUUCGAUUUGAUGACAAACUUGAAUCAGGAUACUGCUGAAGAUUUACAGGCACAAAACUACGGCAUCGGUGGUCAUUACGAUCCGCAUUUUGAUUUUGCACGAAGAAGUGCAAAGGAUCCGCGUACAGUAUUGCAAUUACACUGUUAUUUUUUGCAAGUAUUUGGUGAGUGUAUUUUUUCGAAAUUACAGAAAGAAGAAACAAACGCCUUUAAAACGCUGAACACUGGAAAUCGUAUUGCAACUCUUCUCAUCUAUAUGUCCGAUGUCGAGAGCGGUGGAGCGACCAUAUUCAAUUAUCUGAACACAGCUAUUUUUCCGUCCAAACACGAUGCUAUUUUCUGGUAUAACCUCUUGCGAAACGGUGAAGGAGAUAUGAGGACAAGGCAUGCGGGAUGUCCAGUGCUAACUGGCAAUAAAUGGGUUUCGAAUAAAUGGAUGCAUGAACGCGGUCAAGAGUUUCGUCGACCGUGCGGUCUCACACCGGACGCUGCCGAACGAUACAUAGGCGAUCUUACGCCAUGA